UGUGUGUGUGUGUGUGUGAUGGCGGUAAACUGGGCAGGACUGAUCUCCAUCGGAGUGUUUUACAUAGUCGUACUGGGCACAGGUAUCUGGGCAUCCAGGAAGUCCAAACGUGAAGAGAGGAAGUGCACUGGGAACCGCAGUGAAGUUGCAAUGGUUGGAGGGAGGAACCUAAACCUCUGUGUCAGCAUUUUUACUAUGACAGCCACUUGGGUGGGAGGAGGCUAUAUUCUGGGUAACGCUGAAGUGGUCUACGAUCCAACAAAGGGCUUGGUGUGGGCAACCGGACCCAUUGCCUAUGUCAUUACUCUGGUUGUAGGUGCACUCUUCUUUGUCAAGCCUAUCCGGUCGAAGAACUAUGUGACCCUCAUGGACCCAUUUCAGGAGAAAUACGGCAACACUGUCGCUGCUGUUCUUUUCAUUCCCGCUCUCAUAGGGGAUAUCUUGUGGAUAGCAUGUGUUCUUGGUGCACUGGGAGGGACGGUAAGCGUGGUCAUGGAUAUCUCCUCCUCUCUGGCUGUGGGAAUCUCUGCUGCUGUGGCGGUCAUUUACACGUUAAUGGGAGGACUUUACUCUGUGGCCUAUACUGAUGUCAUCCAACUAAGCUUCAUGUUCAUCGGCUUGUGGCUCUGUGUGCCUUUUAUCCUGGUAAGCCCCUCCUCUGCUAACAUCACUGUUGCUGCAGUAACCAAGCUGUACCAGGAGCCAUGGAUCGGAAAACUGGAGCCAGAAGAUGCAGGUCGCUGGGUAGAUGACAUAUUGCUGAUGGGCAUUGGAGGUCUCUGCUACCAGGCUUUCUACCAGAGAAUCCUGUCCACAGCCACCGACACCCAAGCGAAGAUCACCUGCUAUGCUGGAGCAGUGUUAUGCCCAAUCCUUGCCGUCCCAUCACUCAUCAUUGGAGCAACGGCGGCAUCCACCAAUUGGAACCAGACCCACUUUGGUUCUCCCAGCCCGUACGAACAGGGCAAAGCUGGUAUGAUCUUGCCAAUUGCCCUUCAGUACCUUUGCCCUUUCUACGUCUCACUGGUGGCUAUGGGAGCACUUGCUGCUGCUGUGAUGUCAUCAGUUGACUCUGCACUUCUGUCUGCCUCCUCCCAACUGGGCCGAAAUAUCUUCAAGAACAUCAUCUACAAAAAGGCAUCAGAAAAGAUGAUUCUUGUAGUGGUUAAAGUGUCGGUCCUCCUGUGUGGAACGAUGGCAGCAGUCCUGGCCAUGACAGCGAAGUCCAUUCACCUGUUCUGGAUCCUCAGUGGAGAUGUCGUGUAUUCAAUGAUGACCCCCCAGGUGGUUUGCACCUUCUACUUAUCUCGGUGGGUGAACCACUACGGAGCCUGCUCUGGCUUUGUGUUGGCAAUAGUGCUGAGAGUUCUGGUUGGAGAACCCUUGCUAGGCCUUCCUGACAUACUGCCCCUGCCGUGGGACAAGAUACAGGAGGACGGCCACCGAUACCGCUUGUUCCCUUUUCGCACCGCGAUCAUGCUCAUCACCAUCGGGACUAUUUUACUAGCAUCACGCCUUGCUGCGUGGGUGUCGGAGAAGAGGCUGCUGAAAAGAAUAAGUGGUGCUGAGACUCACACAAACAUACAUUACAUGGCACCAGCCCAAAAAGAUGUGGAGGAAAAGGAGAUUGAAUAUGACUAUGCCCCGGGAACGGACUCAGGGGCAGGUUGUGGGAAAGGCAUACAUUGUUAA